CCGGGGCGGUCCAGCGACUACCAACCGCCAACGUUGCCACUCGCUCAGCCAUGGCCUUGAAAUGGGCAGCCCUGAGUGUGGCUUUUGCAGAGGCACACGCUGGCUUCUUUGGCUGCAUCUCCACGGCCAUCGAGCAGAAGGUAGCGCGCUUCAUGUCGUAUGCAGAGCCGGAGGAGAUUGACCUGGCAGCGUUGCCGCUUUCGCCCAGAUUGGCCAUGGUGUGCGGCCUGUGGGGCCUCUUCGUGCUUCUAGGGAUUCUGGGUGUCACAGUCCUGGUGGUGGACUGUGCAAGAUCCGUGAGGGGCAAGGGUGACAGCAAAGUGGAGCGGGAGGCUAGCAUGCAGGUGCCGGCGUGCAGAGCCGAUGAUGCCGGGCAGGCGAAGCCAGAGGUGCAAAGCCAAGGUGCCGAGCCUGAGCCUUUGCCGGACUCCACAAAGGAUCUGCAGAUGGCGGCCAAGCAUGCAGAGGAGAUCCAGCGCUACGAAAAACAGGUGGCGGAUCUCAAGAAGGAUGAGGAGCUCAGCCAGAAAGAGCGGGACUUUCUGUGGGAAGAUGCCAAAAGGCAGAGGCAGGAAGCCAACGGCCUACAGGCCUUUGCCAUUUCUGCGGCCAACUCUCUGAGGAAAAUGCAGCAGGAGGUGGACGAUCUGCAGGAGCAGCUCAUCCUGCAGAAAUCGAAGUAUGCCGAGCUGCAGCAGAACUUCUUAGCUCACCAGGAGUUGAUGAUGCUGCAAGAGCUGGGCUUGUCGACGAGGGAGGCGAAGGUUUCCGCGCUGACCGAGGCCGACAAGGAGGAGCUAGCGCAGUUGCGCGAGUGGGUGUCCGCGCCGGCGGGCGCCAAAGACGAGCACCUGAAAAUCGCAGAGCUGCGCAAGGCAAACCGCCAGCUCCGACGUGACAGCCAGCUGCACAAGGCCAGCUGGACUCGCGCUAUCCAGACCUUGACGUGGCAUUGGGAACGUCAGAAGUCCUGGGCAGAGGCGUUAGAAUCAAAGCUGCGCUCGCGCGACCUCUUCGAUCCUGAUCCGGAGCUUUGGGAGAAGGACCUAGAGCCCAUCCGCCCUGUACCCCUCGAGCUGCCUCUGUCACCAGAGACCUCCUCUCCACAGGUCUUUUCCAUUUCCUCUCCACGCAGCUCAGACGGGGAGAGCGAUUCCGGAGGUUUCUUUGCCUGACUCCUCUGCCAAGCUCGGAGAUCAUGCGAUCUGAGCGUGAGCCUAAACUCUCCAGUCUCUCUUUUAGAUCCAAGUCGCCUUUUUCCCGUGGCUUGACCCGUGCCAGAUCUUGGUGUCCGUGUGGCAUCGAGCGCAUGGUUCCGAAGCUCCAAGGCCCGCCUACGGAAUCGUCUUCGCACGCGACGCAGAUUCUUUUGCUGCGCAUGACACCAGGGCCCACCCGCGGGGGCACAUGGGCUACGCCGGUUUAGGCCA